UGCUAUGUGGUGGCCCUUCCCGAUCCCAUGGCUGCGUAUCCUGCACGGUCAAGGGGCUUUGCUGCCAUGUCCACGAGCUGAAGUGUUUCUUUUGAGCUGCACUGUGAUGACCACCACAGCUGAGAACUUUCCUGACCAUGAAGAGAGGCAAGGGGAACUGGGCCAGAGUUGCAGUAGCUCCACUUUGGACUAUUCAGAAGAUACAUUUGAGUCAUUCAGCGAGGAGGAAGAAAGCUGCUCACAAUAUGAGAGUGAAUCAUUCGAAUCUUAUUGUUCCACAGAAGAUUUAGGGAAUUCUGUAAUAUCAGAUGUGCUGGAAAGGCUCUCRCAGCUGGCAGAUCACAAUCAUGCAGAUGAACAAUCUGAAACAGCAGAAUCUGCAGCUGUAGAAAGAGAUUUCUUGGGGAAGUCUAUUGACCUUAUAAGAAAUAAAGAAGUUGGCAUUAAGCAAGACAAAUCUGUCUUCAAAACUCAAGCUGAAAUUACUCGGGUGCCAGAUGGAGAACUGGAUGCUCUCUGCUCUUUUUGCACUGUUAAGAUAAGCAAGAUGCAUCACCAGCUGAUCUCUAAGCAGUCAAACUGUGGCAAGCCAAGAAAGCUGCAGCGUGAAUCCACACCAAAGAAAGUGGAGAAACUGGAUACAAGUGCCUCCAACUGCAUUGUUCCUCUUCAGCUCAUGAAUAGAAUUCACCUGAAAAAUAUCAGAGAGACAACAAAGCAGGUGAGAGAAGUUGUAGUGCACAAAUCCUCACUGUGCCCUGACUGUAUGAAGAAAAAGGCAGAGCUGGCCAAGAUCACCUUUCUCAAACRGAAGAAGACUCUAGUGGAAGGAGCUUUGCUUCAGGAGAAAAUGGAAGAGCAGAUUUACUCCAGAGAUGUGCUUACGCUUGUAGGAGAAACACUCAGAAGUCUCCCCAAACUUUCAGAUGAUCCCAGCAACAUAUGGCAAAGGCUGAAAGAGAAAGGUCAGAAAAAUGUGAAAGUUUAGUAUCCAGAUAAAACGACUUCAUGCCGGAGGUCUCAGCAGGUAAGACAAAACCGAAAACAGAUUCAUUGCAGCCUUAACAUCGAGGGUAGGAUAUAGGCUCAUCAUUGUCGCAGAUGUAGCCUGCCUUUGUGGCUGUUGAGAGCAGUCAUUCAUGGCCUCUCUCUUGCAGUGGUGGUCUCUGGUUUCCUAAUUUCUCUCCAUUCAGACCCCUGAAGGUGGUUGAGG